GUUCGGGCAUACAGUAAAAUAAAUAAGGGCCGUGACAGAUUGUUUUCCAUGUAGAAGCGGAUCAAAAAUAUUCCUUAAAAGUGCACAAAUGUGAAAUCCUCCCCAUCUGAGCAAUCAAUAGGCUGCCUCAUCGCUCAUCUUCCCCUCAUCAUCUCCCGCACCUUCUCCCUCCCACCAUGUCUGUCCAUCUCCUCCCUCUGCGCUUCUUUGCGCACAGAACAAGUCGGGAGCGCACACGACCGGCGGAGAGGGAAACAGCGGAGAGACAAUAGGCUUUAGUCUGGGUCAUCAUGGUAUUUGGAUUUCUAUCGUAGGCACCAUGCGCGCCGGACUGUGAGGUACACAGGUGAACAGUCAGUGAACGCGUCUGUUCAUUUACCGGUCGAAACUUUCUCCACGUUUUUUUAAUGUUGCCAACCGAGAUUUCGGCAGGAGUGUGUUUCACCUCAAGCGAUCACACUGAGGGAAGGAGAGAAGUGAUGAAAACAGAGGAGACCCAGCAGUCCUGUCUGCAGCAGCCUCCGUCCUCAACGCCGUUUGGUCCGGAGUACAGGCGGGGGGGAGAGGUGUGCGCGGGCUGCGAGUCCCCCAUCGCCGACCGCUUCCUGCUGCGCGUGAACGAGCGCUCCUGGCACGAGACUUGCGUCAAGUGCACCGUGUGUUUGAGCGCGCUCACCGGGACCUGUUACUGCAAGGACCGGCAGCUGUACUGCAAGCACGACUAUGAAAAGCUGUUCGUAAGGAAGUGCAGCGCCUGCCUGCAGGUGAUUGGACGUUCAGAGUUGAUAAUGCGCGUGUUGGGCCAGGUGUACCACCUGGGCUGCUUUAGCUGCUGUGAGUGUGAACGCCGUCUGCAGAGAGGUGAUGAGUUUGUGCUGAAAGAAGGCCAACUGCUCUGCCGCAUGGACUAUGAGAAGGAGAGGGAAAUGUUGGCUGCUAUCAGUCCCACACCAACAGAAUCAGUGAAAAGUGAGGAUGAGGACGGCGGAGGAGGCUCUGGUGGGGGGAAAGGUGGUGAUGAAGGCAAAGAGCACAAGCGCUCAAAACGACCACGGACCAUCUUGACCACACAACAGCGCCGUGCUUUCAAGGCCUCCUUUGAAGUGUCUGCUAAGCCUUGCCGCAAGGUGAGAGAGACACUGGCUGCUGAGACUGGACUGACAGUGAGAGUUGUGCAGGUGUGGUUUCAAAACCAGAGAGCCAAGAUGAAAAAGAUUGCUCGUCGACAGCAGCAACAGCAGCAGCAGCAACAGGAACAAGAGCAGCUGGGAGGAACCAGGAGAGGACAAAGUAGAGGGGGCCGUCAGAGCAAUGACGACAGUGAGGAUGGAUCCAGUACUCAUGGCAUGGAUGGAAUAUUGGGAUAUCCAUCUCUGCCACGUCAGCAACUACUUGCACUGGACCCCAACAUCUAUGGUGGAGAGCCCUUUCGACAUGGGCUUACUCCGCCUCAGCUGAACAGCGAGCAGCUCCACGCUUAUGACUCAGAGACAGUGUUCCACGACCUGGACAGCGAUGGAAGCCUCGGUCACCUUGGUGACUGCCUCUUAGCAACAGGGGACGGCAGUCUUCUGCCAGGGCGAGUGGGAAACCCCAUUGAUCGUCUCUACUCCAUGCAGAACUCCUACUUCACCUCCUGACCUUUAUAAACUCUCACCCUUUCCCCUCCCAGUCCACCUUUCACCUCAGAGAUGCAGCUAAUGGAGUCAGUCCAUCAACAUGCCUGUUGGACCAUUCUCCAUUAAAUAGCCUUCACCCAAACACACUUCUGAGCUUUUAUCACAGGCAAAGAUUAUCACAAGUCAGGCAUAGUCAUAAUGUCACUUUGCAGCAGAUUUGCAUAAAGUUCCCACCAUUGUUUCUAGAUAAGAAUCACAUGCUGGAAAUACAAACACUGUAAAUGUCCAAAAUAUGUUAAAGGACCUCAAUUUCUCUUGUUGUAUUUAUGUGUUCAAUGAAAUGCAAUUUAUUGCACUUCCAACGAAAAACUGAAAAACGAAUGACACCUAUCAAACAUAUUAAUAUGUAUAUCAUGAAUUACAGGCAAAAAGUUGGUUGUUGAGAGUGAAUACAUUGAUCAAGUUACAUGUAUUUAGGAGUUUUGCAGGUCUUACGAGCAGCUAAGGGUCAAAAUUAAAUUAGCACAUCGCAUAACUUCUUUUUUUGACAGGACUAGUGAUUAAUUAUUGUGCGUGAAAGACUGCAGCAUAUACAAUACUGUAUAUGGAUUGGCAUACAAUUAUGCUCUCAGGUUAGUGUGUAUGUUUAUGUAACCUGAGCCAUAACUCAGGAUAUUGUGUUUGAUAGAAUUACAAUUUAAGUUGCCCAAUGAUUUCAAGAACAUAGAUUGUAUAGAAGAAAAUCUCAAUGUAAAAUAAUCAUUCAAACCAUUCGUUUUUGAUAAUGCAUGACCGGUAUAAUAGGGACCAAAAAAAAAAUUCCAAUUUUUUUUUAAGCAUCUACAGGGUCACUUUAAGAGCCUUAUGCGGAAACAGGGUGGUGCAAAUUGUUGCUUUAGCUGUCCCCUUUAUUUUAUCAUGUAAUCAAUAAGAAGCAGUGCAGCAAAUGAUAACCAAUAGAUCUAUAAUGCCCAAAACUUAGGACACUGGAUACAUGACAUACAUGUACUCCAAAUGUAAAUGUGAGUAAUGUCAUUGUUGUAGUCUUUUUCUGUUUAAUUUCUUUCUCAAACAAAAUUAGAUGUUGCUAGGAAGAUAUUUUGUACAUUUUUCUGUGAUGAUCGGCAAAUAUUUAAACUGUAGCAUGAUAUGUUUGUGUCUCAAAGUAGGUCUAAAGAAAUAGCUUCCAAACUUAAAUUGAAUAGCAGACUCACAACGAGGUACGGAAUAAAAUAGGAUUAGGGUCGUGCCUGUUUCAUUAAAGUGCUACAGCUUGUGACAUUACUCUGAUCACCGACUCAUGGUAUUUUUAAAGUGAUAUUUUUGUGAAUGUAACUUAUUUGUGCGGUAUUAAGCAAGAUGUUUUACAUUUUUGUUCAGUGACUGCCAGGUGAUGUGCUUUGAAUGUAAUGUUGCCGUAUCUUCAAUACAAUAUGCGGUUUCAUCUUUGAA